UGUUUGGAUAAGCCAUUUGUGUUGGGUUCUUCUUUUUUUUUUUUAGUUUCCAAUUUCAAGGUAAGGGAUUUUUAGAGGGACCUUCUUCUGAAAAAUCCAUUCAUCCAAGUUUUAAUGGCUCUCUCCAUUGCUUCAACUGCAUUGUCAAGCCUUUCUUCAAGGGAAUUACCACAGAAGAGCUUGAAUGUGAUAGGUUUGCAAACAUGUACUACAAAGCUAAGAACGGAUAGCCAUAGAGUGGGUGCAGGAAAAGCUGCUUCAAGUGUUUGUGAACCACUUCCUCCUGAUAGACCCGUAUGGUUUCCUGGUACUUCACCACCUCAGUGGCUUGAUGGCAGUCUACCAGGGGAUUUUGGGUUCGAUCCAUUUGGACUAGGUUCUGAUGCAGAGACACUCAAAUGGAAUGCGCAGGCCGAACUAAUCCACGGUAGAUGGGCAAUGCUAGCCGUUGCUGGUAUUUUAUUCCCAGAAUUUCUCGAAAGCUUAGGAUUCAUUGACAAAUUCUCAUGGUAUGAAGCCGGUUCUCAACAGUACUUUGCGGAUUCCACUACAUUAUUUGUCUCACAAAUGGCAUUAAUGGGAUGGGUUGAAGGCCGUCGAUGGGCUGACAUUUUAAACCCCGGUUCAGUUGACAUGGAACCGAAAAUGCCAAAUAGAAAAACACCGACACCUGAUGUCGGAUACCCUGGUGGAUUAUGGUUUGAUCCAUUUAUGUGGGGAAGAGGUUCACCAGAGCCAGUUAUGGUCUUGAGAACCAAAGAGAUCAAGAAUGGUAGGCUUGCUAUGUUGGCUUUUGUUGGGUUCUUGUUUCAAGCUGUGUAUACAGGUGAAGGUCCUAUUGAGAACUUGAUGGCUCAUCUUGCUGAUCCUGGUCACUGCAACAUUUUCUCGGCUUUUACAUCACACUGAAGAUCUAGUGGUUAUGUAACUAGUACAAAGCCCAAACCCAACACCAGUGACACUUUUUCCAUAAUUUUUUUUUUUUUCUUUUUAGUUUUUAUUGGACAAGGGUAUGAAUUGACAGUGUUCUAAUUAUAUUGUAUAUAAAUCUGUAAUUCUGAUAUAUAGCCAUAUUUUCAUGAUGGGAAAAUCUGAUGUAUUUUGUUUGAUGCAAUACAAAAGCACGCCACAUGUUAAGAGUUUCGUGGUUGCUGAUGCAUUUUUUACCACUUA